AUGUUAACAGUAGUGCUUAAAAUUGUGGAUACAUACGGAAAGGAACACUACGCUCGUGCUCUGCUCGAUAGUGGUUCUCAACCCAAUUUGAUAACGGAUCGUUUGGCACAACUUCUUCGGUUGAAGCGCCAGAGAUCAAACGUGGAAGUGCAAGGGAUAGGACAGAAGCCAGAAUACGCUACCGAGUCUGUAACAACAGAGAUCCGUUCUCGCAGAGGAAAAUUUUCUCGCAAUGUGACAUUCCUCAUUCUUCGUAAGAUGAUUUCCAGUCUUCCUAAUAGUACUGUGUCUGUGGACCAUUGGAAGCUACCGGAGGAUAUUUUUCUUGCCGAUCCUGGCUUUAAUCGCUCCAGUGACGUGGAUUUGAUUUUGGGAUCGCAGUAUUUCUUCGAUUGGUUCCCUUCUGCGGCCAAAAUUCAGUUGUCGGACACUCUACCGAUACUCAUUGAUAGCGAGUUUGGGUGGAUCGUCGCUGGUGGAUCUCAUCUUGUUCCUCCUUCCAUGGAUUCCAUGUGUUGUCAGACAGUUACAAUUUCGACGAGUCACCUUGAAGAAAGUUUGGAGAGAUUCUGGAACAUCGAGGAACUUUCCGCUAGAACUGCUCUCUCCAUGGAGGAGAAAGCAUGUGAAGAUUACUAUCGCUCGACUGUUUCCCGCAACGAAGAAGGAAGGUAUAUUGUUCGAUACCCAAAAAAUGUAAAUUCCAACACCAUGAUCGGAGAAUCGAAGAAAACAGCACUGCGCCGAUUCACUCUUUUGGAAGGACGUUUUGCCAGAAACCUCUCGUUGAAGCAAAACUAUGAGAGUUUCAUGGAAGAAUACUUAUCAUUAGGCCAUAUGCGCCCAAUCCAUGAAGAAGAGAAACCCGAUGCUCUGGAAUGCUACCUUCCGCAUCACCCAGUAAUAAAAGAAUCCAGCACGACCACAAAAACGCGUGUUGUGUUCGAUGGAUCUAGUACCACCAGUUCCGGAUACUCGUUGAAUGACGCGCUGUGUGUGGGACCGGUCGUGCAGGACGACCUUCUGACCCUCGUUAUACGUUUUCGAAAGUUUCCUGUUGCUUUGGUUGCAGAUAUUGCCAAAAUGUAUCGCCAGACGAUCACCUACGGUCUUGCCCCUUCUUCUUUCCUAGCUACACGCACACUGCAGCAGCUCGCAAUCGAUGAGGGUCAGGCCUACCCACUUGGAAAGGUUGCACUACAAAAAUCGUUCUACGUCGACGACUUCAUAGGAGGAGCAAACUCCGUACCGGAAGCCAUUCAGUUGCGCGACGAGCUAACGAUUCUGUUGUCGAAGGGAGGAUUUCCCAUCCGGAAAUGGACGUCCAAUAAAUUACCAGUACUAGAAGGACUCGACGCAGAUUGCCUAGGAACUCAAUCUAGCAUUCGAUUUGAUCCAGACGAAACCGUAAAAACAUUAGGCAUUUGCUGGGAACCGGAGAAAGACCAAUUUCGGUUCAACUUCAAUGGUUGA